CUCCAACUGGCAAAGCGUUGAACACAGCAGGGGACUGAAGAACAAACUUGUUGGGUAGGGGUAAACUAUUCUCGUGAGCUGGAAUUCUAUUCUACAUUUAAGCCAAACUUGUACCUACAUUUAAUUUUAUCAAGGGAAUUGUUACACACCAAAUAAGGGGUUAUAACGGAUGGGAAAGUAUUGGAAAACAAGAGCCAAGGAUGUCGGCUAUGGGUGAACUACGGACAACAUGAUAGGCUGGCUCUGCAUAACUAUUUGCAAAAAUCACAGCUCUUGACUCUGAACCCAGUAUUUAAAAAAUAUUGUUUUGUUUCUGUUAUGUGGAAUACUUCUGUGGGACAAUGAAUUGCAAUGUUUGUUUAGAGGCCGCGUAACAUUGUCGGGCCAAUUCGCUUUGCUGGAGUUUAAAUGUGACAAAGACUUGUUCACUACUCUGCACCGACGAGAGGACAGAACGUGGAUCUAUCGAAAGGUUCGACUGUAGACUUUAGUGCCACAAACGUUCCAGAAAACUUAUCGAAACGAGACUUUUGAAUAACUUUCCAAUACGAGGAAAUUAUGUGGAACCCGUGGCAGUUGUUGUACCGUACAGCUCUUGGCUGCAUGAUUCUGGAAAUAUUUAUUCACAAUGUUGCACAAGGUCUGAAUGUGUGUAUGAGUGGCAGCGCUCUGUCUUGUGAAGAAUGCCUCAUCAUCCAUCCAAGCUGUGCCUGGUGUGCACAAGAGAAGUUUGGCAGUGCAAGGACCCUGAUGUCGCGGUGUGACCUGCGUCAGAACCUGCAGAAGAGGGGCUGUGAAGCCCAUCAUAUGGAGAGUCCCCGUAGCAGCACCAAGGUAGUGAAGAGCGAACCCCUCAGCUCCAAAGGCUCCGGGCCUACCCAGUAUGAUGUCAUCCAGAUCAUGCCCCAGAAGAUCUCCCUCAGUCUCCGACCAGGUGACCAGACAUCAUUCAAAGUGCAGGUGCGUCAAGUGGAGGACUACCCAGUGGACCUGUACUACCUGAUGGACCUGUCUCUGUCCAUGAAGGAUGACCUGGACACCAUCAGGAACCUGGGGACCAAACUGGCCGAUGAGAUGAGGAAACUCACCAGCAACUUCAGACUGGGCUUCGGAUCCUUUGUCGACAAGAACAUGUCCCCCUUCUCCUACACGGCCCGCAAGUACCAGGACAACCCCUGCAAUGGAUACAAACUGUUCCCCAGCUGUGUCCCCUCCUUCGGGUUCCGCCACCUCCUCUCCUUGACUGACAAAGUGGAUCGCUUCAACGAGGAAGUACAGAAACAGAUGGUGUCUCGCAACAGGGACGCUCCGGAGGGAGGCUUCGAUGCCAUCCUGCAGGCUGCCGUCUGUAAGGAGAGGAUAGGCUGGAGGAAGGAGGCCUUCCACCUGCUGGUGUUUGCCACAGACGAUGUGCCUCACCUGGCCUUGGACGGUAAGCUGGGAGGGCUGGUCCAGCCCCAUGAUGGGGAGUGCCACAUGAAUGAGAAGAAUGAGUACAGUGGCUCCACCAACAUGGACUACCCCUCUCUGGCUCUUCUGGGAGAGAAGCUGGCUGCAAACAACAUCUAUCUCAUCUUCGCUGUGACAAAAAGGCUGUAUGUCAUUUACAAGAAUUUCACAGCACUGAUACCUGGAACCACAGUGGAGAUUCUGGAUCAGGACUCCAAGAACAUCAUACAACUCAUCGUUAACGCCUACAAUAGCAUCCGGUCCAAGGUGGAGCUGACCGUGUGGGAUCAACCUGAAGACCUCAGUCUGUCCUUCACUGCCACCUGUCAGGACGGACAACCUCUCCCAGGCCUCAGGAAGUGUGCCGACCUCAAGAUUGGAGACACAGUGUCCUUCGACGUGAGUAUAGACGCCAGAGGCUGCCCCGCCCCAGGUACCCAGCAGAGUUUCACCAUCAAGCCUGUGGGCUUCAAGGAUCGUCUGGAGGUGUCUGUGGACUACCGCUGUGCCUGUGGCUGCACCGACCAGACCCAGGCUAACAGUACCCACUGCAGCUCCAUUGGACAGUACACCUGUGGUAUCUGCCACUGUGACCCGGGCUACCUGGGUGCCCGCUGUGAGUGCCAGGAGGGUGAGGCUGGCAGCAUGUACCUGAGCGCCUGCAGGCAGGCUGAGGGGAUGCAGAUAUGUGGUGGGAGAGGGGAGUGCAGCUGUAACCAGUGCCUCUGCUAUGAGUCAGAGUUCGGGAAGAUCUACGGGACCUUCUGCGAGUGUGACGACUUCUCCUGCGCUCGACACAAGGGCAUCCUCUGCUCGGGUCACGGAGAGUGCCACUGUGGAGAGUGUAAGUGCCAUGCGGGCUAUAUCGGGGACAACUGUAACUGUUCCACUGACACCUCAUCCUGUGUGUCUGAUGACGGGCAGAUCUGCAGCGGGCGGGGCAGCUGUGCCUGUGGGCGCUGCCAGUGCACUGAACCAGGGGCCUUCGGGGACACCUGCGAAAAAUGCCCCACCUGCCCUGAUGCCUGUGGCACCAAGAGGGAAUGCAUCGAAUGCCGGCUUUUCAGCUCUGGAAGACUGUCCGACAACCAGACCUGCCAGCGGCUAUGCAAGGAUGAGAUCAUCACUGUGGAAACGCUUAAAACAGACGACCCCAACGCUGUCCUCUGCCUGUACAAGACGGAGAACGAAUGUGUGAUGAAGUUCACGUACUCUGAACACGCCAACGGCAUGUCAGUCCUCACAGCUCUCAAAGAGCCAGAGUGUGGCGCAGCGCCGGACGCCAUGACGGUCCUCCUGGCGGUGGUGGGCAGUAUCCUACUGGUGGGCAUCGUGCUGCUAGCCAUCUGGAAGCUGGUCAUCACCGUGCACGACCGCAGAGAGUUCGCCCGCUUCCAAAGCGCACGCUCCCGCGCACGAUAUGAGAUGGCCUCCAACCCCCUGUACAAGCAGCCCAUCUCCAACGACUAUGUAGAAACCGAUUUCAGUAUGUACAGCAAGUCUUACAACGGAGCAGCCCACUGACCUCCUCCACACGGGGUGUUGUUGUGGCGGGGGGCACGGCAGGACCGGUCCAAGUAGAGAACCAAGAGGGCUGGGAAAUGAAAAAAAUAAACUCAACCAUCUAUCUGAUCUGCCGAAGACUUAUGACGAACUGAAACAGAAGUGGAAAUAGUAGUCUGGAUUGUUUCUGGGGAACCUGUGGCCUUUUUUCUCUCCCUGACUGAGAAGGGAAAUUAUCCACUGCCAUGACGUGAUGAGAUGUGACUGAAAGCUCUGGUCGGACCUGUGUGCUUUACUGAGCUCUGAUCUGCCCUGUGUGCUUUACUGAGCUCUGGUCUGCCCUGUGUGCUUUACUGAGCUCUGAUCUGCCCUGUGUGCUUUACUGAGCUCUUGUCUGAUCUGUGUGAUUUACUGAUGUCAGUAGAAUACAGCCCAGAGGACGAGCAGCAACAUUCAUGGACUCUUGGUCUGGAACUUGUUUAAAGAGGACAGAAAUAAUAUGUGGUCCUCCGAGUCUUUUCCCCAACUAACAAGCAGAUGUUAUAUAAACAAAAUGGACUUCGUAGACAGAACAAUGAAACCAUGUCUUUCACUGACAAUUUGAGUGAAUUUACCAACUUUAUAGUACAUAAACCAUAACUCCUCCUUCACAUAAGCAGCAAUAUAUAUAUAUAUAUUGUACAGACAGACAGACAAGGCAUCAAGUUAUAUUUUAGUUUUUUUUUACUCUGAAAAAUGCCUUUCCUGACAGUCAACUAUGCAUCCUUCUUCAUAACAAGUGGAAAUAUUCAAUAAUGUAACGUUACAUCGGCAGGAGUCGUUCAGGUUCAUGACAUAAAAAGAGCAGAUAUUUUUGGGUGACGAUGACGUUGACAUCAUGGUACUAAACAUUAAAAGAGCACUAGUUUUCUUACCCUUGUUUUACACAACAGAUGAGGAUGUUAUUAGGAGAGUCUCAUAAAGUGACUAAGAAUCUC